AUGAAAGGUUGCAUAUUCUGCACGCUUUAUGAAAACAAAGCAAACAUAAUAUAUGAAACAGAAGGUGCAUUUGCACUCAUGGACAGGUUUCCGCUCUCCACAGGACACUUCAUGGUUAUUCCAAAGACACAUCAUCCGUAUUUCCAUCAUUAUGAGUCGAAGGAUCUAGAAGACGUGCUCCCAACUAUAAAGUAUCUUGUCAAACGAUUUGGAAUUGAGAAGUACAACAUCUUACAGAACAAUGGGAAUCAUCAAGGCGUGUUCCAUACACACUUCCACGUGAUUCCGUGUGUUUCUGACAAUGAGCGCCUAAGGAUUGACUGGGAGACUAUAAAAAUCAGUGAUGAAGAUUACUCAGCACUGGUUGAACAGGCACGUACAAAGAUUUCUGGUUAA